AUUCAAUUUACGCAAAAAUGGCAGCUCGUACAAGUUAUAGCUGAACUGUUUUCCAGCAAUUGUGCAGUGAAACGUUGCUGUGUCGGGUCUGAAUUUUACAUUCCGAGAAUCUUGAUUUAACAAUAAGUCAGAUUAAUACGCAAUCGUGCCCCAGACUAAGCCGUCUCUAGCAAAAAGCAAACAGCGAUUCUUUGUGAUGCUCUCAUCUCCAUCCGGAAGCUGGUGAUCGAGAAAAAAACAUGAUAGUGCCGAAAAAUCGAUAAAUAGCAGAUAGAUGUGUUGUCAUAUUUUAUGUGUGAUUUAAUACCAUGCAAGGAAAAAUGUUUAUCUGAAAAUAUUCAUCAAUGGUUCUAAUUUGAACAAAAGUGUUGCUAAAUUGAUAUGUCUCAAAGUGCUCCUAGGAGACAUCCACCGAGCGGUGGAAAUACUGAAGUUAUGUCGGCGAAAUUCGGUGACACCGAGUGGGAAGCUCGAGAGUCUCAAAGACAACGGGAGCUCGAGGAGGCACGGGCUCGAGCCGCUCAGAUGGAGAAGACAAUGAAAUGGUGGUCUGACUGUACCGCCAACUGGAGAGAGAAAUGGAGUAAGGUCCGUACGGAACGCAACAAGGCCCGGGAGGAAUCGAAACAGCUGCGCAGUAGUCUGGAGGCAGCCAUCAAGGAGUCCAAUUCGUACAAGCGCGAGAAAUGCGAGCUGGAAAUCCAGAUUACGCAGCUGAAGAAGGAGAUGGAGAAGGUGCACAUGCUGAUGAUGAAACACGCUGGUCAGUUCAACAAGUCCAGCCUGGACGGAGCCGACGAACCGGAGCGGGAUGGACGGGAUAACAACUGUUCGCCGGACAUCUCGUCGGACGGGCUGAAGAACGUUAACAGCGAGGAUGGGUUGGUUACGAAGGUGACCACCAAUGUGCCGGACGACAGUGGACAGGAUGAUUUGGAUAUUGAAGAAUACAUUCUGCAGGGCGGUGCCAUGCCAAAACAUUCCGUAGAAUUUAAGGACAAGAGUGAACAGAUGGCCGAGGAGAGAAGACUGAUUCAGCAGCUGUCGAAGGACGAUUACGACGAGGACUAUCUGCUGCAGAAGAUAGCGAUGUUACAGCUGCGGCUGGAUGACACCCAGAAGACAAUCCAAAUCGAACGCGAUGAGAAGAACAGUAUUCAUAAGAGUUUCGAGAAAUUCCGUCAGGAGAUGCAGGAACUGAGAGACAAGUGCGAAGAGUUGCGUGCUGCCAAACAGGAAGCUGUGAGAGAAUUGUUGACCUUGCAGGAGCAGCAUCGCGUUGAGAUGAGGAUUACAAACAAUUCGCUGCAGGAGGAAGUGGCUGCCAGGGAGACACUGGAAAGGCGGCUUUGUGAAUUGAGGACGGAGUUGGAACGCAUGCAAGCGGAAAACGCCGCCGAAUGGGGAAAACGUGAACGUCUCGAGACGGAGAAAUUGAAUCUAGAGCGUGAGAACAAAAAACUUCGAUCAGAGUGCCAAGACCUGCAGGAGCGACUUGAACGGAAGGGACGUCCACCGGUCAAUAAUAGUGAUACCGAAUUCCGGGCUUUACAACAGGAGCUAUUAGAUAAAAAUAAGGAAAUAACCGAUAUCCGCCACUCGCACAGUAAAAUGAAGAAGUUACUGUCCGAAGCGAAUACCGAACUGGGACACGCAGUUCGUCGUGCCGAACAGUAUGAAACCGAAGUUAAGCGGCUUCGUUCCCGGGUGGAAGAACUGAAACGUGAACUCGCCGGUGCCGAGGAUGAGUUGGAUUCGGCUUGCAACCAUGUGCGCAGGCUGCAGCGCACAAACGAAGAGCUUACCGGUCAAACCGAAGGUCUUCAGGUGCAGAUUCAGCAUCUGCAGACCAGUAGCCCAAAAAACCUGCAAGACUUAGGCAACUUUAAAGCUACUAACAAAUCGAACUUCACCUCCAACUCCAACUACAAGCCAAAUAUCAACGAUCUCAAGCAGCUUUUCGAUAAUUCGUGCCACUAUGAGCGCCAAAUGCAGCCAAAAUCCCGCGGAGGUGCGAAUGACACUCAAGUCCCGAUCUUGUCCGGCUCGUACUACGAUGCCAAACCAAGCUACAUUGACGGCGAUGGCCCGUAUGACGCCAAAGAUAAAUCUUCCGAUAAUAUGUUUGAUUUCGAACGCGCUAAGCAGAAGUUCGACAACAUUUCACGUUCCUCUGGUGGCGGCGGUGGAGGAGGAGGAGUAUCCAAUAUGAAUUCCAAGAGACCUCCCUCUAAUAUGGGAGGUGGGGGCAAUUUUUUCAAGCUGCAUCCGUCUGCUUCACCGGCUAUCUCCGGCAUUCCGAAGCGGCAGUCUAGCUCGACGAUUUCCGGGUCUGGUUCCAAUACGAACAAUUCCAGCUCCUGCGCGGGAUCCUACUUUGAUGGUAAUAAUUUCUCGGGCUCGUUUGGGGAAGACACCACCCCUCUGCUGUCCAAGCAGACGAGCGUUAUCAAUGAAACGAUUCAAUUUUUCGAUAAUGAUGGACCGCAGAGUCAACGGGUUUGCGUUGGAGGUGGAGGUGGAGUUGGUGGUAAACUUAAUAUUGCUAAGGUGAACAACAUCAACCUGGACGGGCUGAAGAUGUCCGAAGAUGAUGAAACUCCGUAGCUAUGGAUCGACCAGUCUUUUAUCGGCUAACGAUGACAACAGUGACAAUGAUUGACGGUUACUCGGCCCACAAGCAUCGAACCUCCAGUGCUCGUGACAAACUCCAUUUACCGAUGAGCCGACAAACUGAUUGCAUUUUUACAUACAUAGGUUUACGUAUAGGUUUACAACGUAGCAUCUUUUUUGUGUUCUCGUAAUAUCGUGAUAUCUCAAGCAUUCAAGUUGUCCAAGUAAUUACCGCCAAGAAGGUAGCGGGAAUAAUACUCUAAGCACACGAACACUAGUUUCAGAUACACACCGUUUCUACAUCAAAGUGAAGCAAAGAAAUCAAAUUUGGAAAUAUCGGCAUAUAUCGCAUAUGUGUGCUUACUGGCCUACAUUACAUGAUUUUUAGAUAUGUUGAUUCUAUGAGAGUUUAACUCAAAAAUAAUACGUGUGGCACCGUGUCAAAAGGCAAUACGAAUAUACAGGUGUUAGAAAAACAAGAA